AUGGCAGCCAUGGUACUGACUCUGCUUCUCCAUUUCUUCUUAGCUGUAUCCAGUGCUUCGCCGAUACACGAAUCAUCCGGCACCACCAGCAUUGUCUUCGCCACACACGGCAGCAGAUCGCACUAUGCUUUCGACGUCUUCACUCUCCUCAUACGUCCCUCACCUUCCUCAGCCGAUGAGCUCCAGCUCACUGACGGCCAAUCCUAUAAUUUUAAUGGUCACUUUCCUUCUUCGUCUUCCUCUCUCCUCUCUCUCUUACCCAAUCAAACCCCAAUAAAGUCCUUUGACCAGAAAAAUUUGAGCCUUGUCUAUGUCACGGAGCGCGGUGGAUCUUCCAAAAUCUUCUACGAUGUUGUUUAUUUGGAUAGCCCGCCAAGUAGCAUAGUGAGGUCGGCUCUUGCAAUUUCCAAACGAGUUCAAUUGCCGCUGCUCAAGGGCGAAACUGAAAUUGCAGUUAAGGAUAAGCCUACUGUCACCGGAGAUUAUCUGAUAUACGUGUCUACUCAUGAGGAUCCUGGGAAGCCCAGGGCUAGUUGGGCUGCUGUGUACUCGACCGAGCUGAAAAAGGGGUUGACUAGGAGACUCACUCCGCAAGGGAUCUCCGACUUCAGCCCUGCGGUUUCUCCUUCUGGGGUUUAUACAGCUGUGGCGUCUUAUGGAGAGAGUGGGUGGAAUGGAGAAGCACAGGAAUUGAGUACUGAUAUCUAUGUGUUCUUGACUCGCGAUGGGACUCAACGGGUUAAGAUUGUUGAACAUGGUGGGUGGCCAAGUUGGGUAGACGAUUCAACACUGUACUUUCACAAAAGAAGCGACGAUCAGUGGAUAAGCAUUUACAGAGCCAUUUUACCAAAUGGAACAUUGAUUUCGAAUGAUUCAGUGAUUGUUGAGCGUGUCACUCCACCAGGUCUUCACGCCUUCACUCCAGCUACGUCUCCAUACAACAACAAAUUCAUAGCAGUUGCUACGAGAAGACCUGGUUCGGAUUAUCGCCAUGUCGAGCAAUUUGACCUUGUCAAGAAGGAGUUUAUCGAGUUAACUCGAUUAGUAUCACCACAAAGCCAUCACUUCAAUCCGUUUAUCUCACCUGACUCAACCCGAGUUGGGUACCACAGGUGCAGAGGAGCCUCUAACGAUAAAAACAGCACCCACCUUCUGUUAGAAAAUCUCAAUACCACAUUACCAGGGAUUUCACUCUUUAGAGUUGACGGGUUACUGCCUUCUGUCUCACCUUCCGGUGAUCGUAUCGCAUACGUCGAUUUCCCGGGCAUCUACGUUGUGAACCGGGACGGCUCCAAUCUUCGUCAGGUUUAUCCCGACAUCGCCUUCUCGACCAUUUGGGAUCCGGUUCGUCCAGGGAUUAUAUAUGCAAGUGCUGGUCCUUUUUUAGCGAAUGCGAGCACAGAGGUUGAUAUAAUCUCCAUUAACGUCGAUGGUGACGCUAAAAAAGCUUAUAAUUUGAAGAAGCUAACCACCAACGGUAAAAAUAACGCAUUUCCUUCAGUGUCACCCGAUGGGAAAUGGAUAGUGUUCCGGUCGGGUCAAUCGGGUUACAAAAACUUGUAUAUAAUGGAUGCGGUGGAAGGUGAGAAAGCCGCACUCCGAAGGUUAACAGACGGUCCAUGGACUGAUACCAUGAGCAAUUGGUCACCGGACGGUGAAUGGAUUGCGUUCACAUCGACUCGGGAGAAACCAGGUGCUGGAAUCUACGAGUUGUAUAUGAUCCACCCGAAUGGAACCGGGUUGAGAAGGUUGGUUCCAAGCGGGUUGGGUGGCAGAUCAACCCACCCAUAUUUCAGCCCAGAUGGAAAGACUAUUGUGUUUACAAGCGAUCACGCUGGAAUAUCAGCUGAGCCAAUCUCGUACCCAGAUAAUCUAAACGCUUAUGGGGAGAUCUAUACUGUCAACGUGGACGGUUCUGAUUUGCAGAGGUUGACACAUAAUCCGUUUGAUGAUGGGACCCCAGUUUAUAGCCCCACAUAUUUCAAGGCAGAAGAUUUAGAGUGGAAAGUCAAUAGACCAGAUUGCUCGUUUAAGGAUUGUGAUUGGCUGAAUGGAAAGCCAAGCAGUAAGAGUUUGGUGAGAGCGUUACAGACAAGCGGACCUCAAUGCGGUGGCGUACUGGGAUAGUUUU